AUGCGCGCUUCUGCUGCAAAGAAAGGUGAUGGGAAUGCAGAACAAGGAAUAUUGGUGAGACAAGAGAAAGCAGGAUUUCUUUGUAAAGUGAAGAGUUAUGAGGCAGAAAUAGUCCGGAAGAAACUGGCAGUUGUUGGAGGGAUGAACAGGAGCAAACGCCUGGAGAAAGUCCAUGUCGUUCUCGGGAAUAAAUCCUGUGAUUUGGAUUCACUCAUUUCUACUCUGGCCUAUGCCUACUUUCUUGACAAGGUCAGUCCUCCUGAUGUUCUGUGCUUACCCGUGUUGAACAUACCAAGAAGAGAAUUUAGCUACCUCACAGAGACAAGAUUUAUAUUGGAGGAGCUGAAUAUCCCGGAGUCAUUCCAUAUCUUCCGAGAUGAAAUCAAUUUGCACCAGCUGAAUGCUGAAGGGAAAUUGUCUUUAACACUUGUAAACAGCAACAUGCUGACAAGUGAGGAUAAAAGUUUGGAAUCAGCUGUUGUCAAAGUCAUCAAUCCAGAUGAGCAAUGUGACGGCAGCCUGGAGUUACAAGCGUCUUCUUCCUCUUUAGUAGUAAAAGAAAUUCUUCAAGAGGCACCAGAGUUAAUCACUCAGCAACUGGCUUAUCUCCUCAGAGGAAGCAUUCUCUUCAAGUGCAUGUCUUUGGAGGCUGACAGAAUUACAGAGCAGCAGGAGAAAGUGCUGUCAAUCCUAGAGGAAAAGUUUCCAGAUCUUCCCCCACGAGAGGAAAUUAUCUCUGUUCUCCAGGAGACUCAGUUUAACCCGCAAGGUGUGAGUAUUGAAGAGGUUAUGCUGAAGGAUCUCAAGGAGAUUUCAGAUGGAGAAAUCAAAGUAGCAAUUAGCACCGUGUACAUGACACUGGAGGACUGCGUGUUACACAGGAGUCUCGCUGGUGAUCUGAAAGCAUUCAUAGAUAAAUACGGGUUUGAUGUACUUGUCAUUUUGGCCAACUGUUUGUCAGAUGAGAAGCAAACCAAACGACAAAUAGCAGUAUACUCGGAAAACUUAGAGCUAGGCAACCAAAUCUGCUGUGAAUUAGAAGAAUGUCAGAAUCCUUGUUUGGAGCUGGAUCCUUUAGAAUGUGGAUGUGACCAAAUUCUCAUUUACCAUCAAGAAAAUUCUUUGGUGACCUGUGAUCAAAUUUUUCUUCUAAUUAAGGAAGUUAUAAAUAGAAGACAACCAGAAAUGGUAUCAAACAGUAGAACUUCUUCUACUGAAGCCGUUGCUGGAAGUGCUCCACUUUCACAAGGAUCUUCUGGUAUUAUGGAGUUAUACGGUUCUGAUGUAGAACCACAGCCCAGUUCGGCCAAUUUUAUAGAAAAUCCUCAAGAUCUAAAUGGAUCUAUGCAAGCCCACGUUGAUGUUAAUGUAGACCUUGUGAGUCCAGACAGUGGAUUAGCUACCAUUAGAAGCAGCCGGUCUUCCAAGGAGAGUUCUGUUUUCCUUAGUGAUGAUAGCCCUGUUGCAGAAGGUGCUGCUUCCCAUCACAGCCUUCUGCCUGGCUUUGACUCCUAUAGCCCUAUUCCUGAAGGAGCAAUAGCUGAAGAACAAAAACCUCAGUCUAGAGACAAUAGCGAUAACUUUGAUCUCUUCAAUUUUGAUCUAGCACCCGUGGUUACAGCUCCAUCCGAGUCAUCUUCUCGUUCUGUUGAUUGUUCCCCAGCAGAUGACUAUUUCCUUAAUAGUGAUUCAUCAGAAGGACAACAACUCACUGCGCAGAAAGAACUUGAUGAGGCAAACCUGCUAGAAAAUGAUACAGCAAAUUUCUCAACUGACUUACUUAUGACAACAAAUGAGGAAGACAAUUUAGCUGAAUUUGAUGAGAACACAGGAGAAAUGUGUGAGAAAACUUCAAGUUUGAUUGAUUUAGGUGAAGGCGAUUCUUCUUCACCAGAAAUGUUGAAAUCUGCUGAUUCAAGAAUUCCACCAACUCCUAUGAACAGCCUUGUAGAAACUUCACCAUUAGAUAAUGGGCAGCCUUUAUUCUUCCCACAAGAUGUUGUUAAAAAAAUUAAUGAAAUAGAUGGCACAAAUUAUUCUCAGUCUCGUGUUAGAUACGGGAGCUGGUGGGAUGGCUUUGACCUAGACUCCAGAAACGCUGAUACAUGGAGUUCAAGUGAACAGGAAUCUGUAUUUCAGAGCCCUGCCUUAUGGAAAGAUUGUAAAGAAAGUCCCUCACUACGAGAACAUAUUGAUAGAAGAGCCUCAGAUUCUGUGUUCCUCCAAAAGCAGCCAAAGCAAAUGGAAUACAUGAGAGCAGGUCUGUGGGAUAAUCAGUUUAAACAAGAUAAUUGGAACCAUGAGAAUCAAGAGAAAAACAGUGAACAUUCACAUUUGCAAACUGCUUCUUUAGAGGAGACAAAGCAAGAACCAGAAAGCUUUACUGACCUGUGGGAGGUCUGUCAGCCGACACCUGUGAUGUUAGAUGCAUGGCAUCGUGGUGAAGGGAAAGGUAGUCAGCUAGCUGGAGACUCUUAUGAAGUCUGGACUAAGUUUGAUGCAGGAGAUAGUGCUCGAUCCUCAGAAAAUGUAUGGAACAUGCCCACACUGGACAGAGAAAAAAAACCCCUGAAUAUUCCUGAGGAAUGGGCCAUAUCAAAAACCAGUUUAUCAGAUUCUUCAGAAAUCACAGCAGACAACGAGACUGAAAAUCCACCUAUCCAGGUAUCUCCAGAAGCCUGGGAUAAAGAAAGAUAUCAUUCAGCAGAAGAUUAUGGAAAAUCUGAAGAUGCGGAUUCUUUUUUCAACAAUAUGCAAAAUAAUUCCAAGCUGCAAACAGAGGAAAAAACUGCAUUUGGUGACGCUAGACAUAGACCAAACCAAUUUGAAAAUAUAGAAACCUGGAAUAUGUAUGAUAAAAACAUCAGGAAAAAAGUAACAGAAGUAGUGGUGCCAUGGGAGGAUACCUUCUUGUAUAAACACUCAGAUGUUAGUUCAUCAAACAUAGGUGAAGAUUUAGUUGUUUCUCCACCAGACACCAAUUAUUCAACAUCUGAUUCGUAUGUAUCACCCACAUAUGUGGAAGAUGAAAGAGAAAAUGAGGACAAAGAUUUUGACGAAGAAACAGUUAUUGAUAAAUUGAUGAACCCAAAUUUGACUGAGCCAAAUGUACUUCAGAAAGGAAAUCAGGAACCAUUACCUCUUGGAAACAUGACUUUUUCGAGUGCUGGAAACACAAACAUCUGGAACGCUCCCCUAAAUAAUGUCACCCAGCUACAAGAGAGAAAUUCUGAAAUUACUGCUCUUUCUGCCUAUGCUAAGCCUUUCCUUAAUUCAGAACAAAUAGCUAAUCAACAUUUUUCAGCUGAGAUACAUACCAGUGAAAAUAAUUAUUCUAUAUCUGAAAACAGAAAAAACCCACCGGUAUACAAUCAAACAGUGAAUGACUUAUCACCACCACAGAAUGAAUUAAAUCACAGAGAGACUGAAGCUGAGAAUGUAGAAACAGUCAGCAGUGUUCCUGUAGAAGACACAGACACAUCUACACCAACUUCAGACACUGGGAAUGGUUUGGAUCUGAAAAUCCGUGACUUAGGGAGUGAGGUACUUAGUCAGAAGACAGCACAAAACACUGCUGAUGUUGAUGAAAAGGUGGAUAGUCAGGAUUCAGUGCUGCAGCUGAACUCGUGGAGCUUACGGAGUGAGCAAGGUUGUGUGGAAGGCUGGGACAAUGCCAUUGCCACCUCUCAGGAAGGAAAAGAGGAAUGUAAGAGAACAGAUGAGACCCGUGGACAGCAAACGAUUAGUGAUGUUUAUAAUAAACCAGUGCAAGAGGACAGUGAAUCUUCAUGUAACGCAGAUUCAGAAGAAAACAGGUCAACAACUGAAGUUCCUAGCUCCCCAGAAAAAAUGAGGAAUAGUGUUAGUUUGGAAGCGUUAGUCACAGAAAAUGAGUCAUUUCCCAAUCAAAGCAAUCCAGUUAGUCAGGAAGAGAGGAAAGACUUGUCAGAGAAUAAUGUAGAAUCUUCGUCAAGUGCUUCUGAGGAAGGCAGAAAUUAUGAAUCUUGUGAUGACUCCAGACCACGAAAUUACAAUUAUAGUGAAACGUCACAGCUGCUUUCUGAGAAAGCUGAAAAGGAGACUACAGUGACAGAAGAUGCAACGAGUCCUGAAAUUGAAAGUAUUUCUGAAAGUUCUGAUAAGUGUAGUGAUAAUCCUGAAAAUAAUUCUGCUAAAAUGCCCAGAAGCUCAGGCAUCUGGAAUGACUCUGGAAAUAGCGGUUGUCACCUAGCCACAUCAAUUCCUUUGAUGAAUGAACUACAAGAAGCACUAGGAGAAGAUUCUGAGCUAGUAUCUUUCAAAAAUAGCUCAGAACUGAACAGGACUCAUGAACAGUCUUUCAUAGAUGAGUUUAAGAGUCCUUCUUCUGAGUAUGUCAGUGUUCCUGACAUUACAGAUAUGUCUGUGGUGGAAAAUUCAUUUUCACAUGGUUCUGGGAGAAGUGAAAACUCUGAAAAUUUAGAACCUGCCAAUAAUCUUUGCAGAGACCCAUGUGUAAUGCUUAAUGACAGUUUUCCCCAGACUCCUUGGAAUUCACAGCCAUGUGGAGAUUUGCCAUCUCCUGGAACAAGUCCUGAGGCAAGUGAAGUCCUUGAAAUGGCAAACACCACAAGUAGCCUUUCAAAGGAUAUACAGAUCAAAAGCUAUUUGGAAGAAGACAAUGUGUGGAGUGAUUCGAUAAAUGAUUAUGCACACUCAAGUGGAACAAGCCCUGAUUUAAGUGAUGCAUCUGUGAAUGUGUGGGGAGACCUUCCAGUUGCCAGCCAUCACAAAAGAAGUAAGGAUAUGUGGGAUAUUAAAAAUAGUAAAAAUCUUGAAGAUACUUGUAGAAGAAACGAAUUUGGGAAUGAAUGUGAAGAAGGGUUUGAAACAAGCGCUGAACAAAACAAAGUUCCUAGCAGCUUAGAUUUUUGGAAUGCCCAUGUAGAUGAUGAUACUGUAUCUUCUUUAUCAAGUCCUGACAUAAAUGAAGAUUCAGAGAAUUCAGCGGCCUGUCCAGAAGUGACUAAUGAAGAUUCCACAAAUGAAAACAAACAGCACAAAGCAUCUGAAAUUGGAAAGGAUUAUGCUCAAUCCAUUGCAACAAGUCCUGAAGAAAAUGAAGACAAUUUAGAUGCAAAAUCUAAGGUGGGGGAGGAGGUGCAGGUAGGCAUCUUUGAUGAAAAUCCUGAAACAAAUAAAGCUAGGAAUGUAUUGGAGGAGGACUUGACUACAGUGGAGCAUAGUGAGACUUCUGAAUACUUAGGUCACCAUGACACACUUCAGAAAAAAGCUCAGGUGAGUAUUUGCAAUGAAAAAACAGGUAGCAGAGAAGAUUCAUAUUUGUAUCAAAUGAAUGAAGAUACUACACCAACUUCUGCUGUUGAUGAUAAAGAAGAGUAUUCUUCAAAAGCUGUAGAUAUGUGGAGUAUGGCAUCUGAAGCUGAUUUAAGAACUGAUCCAAAAUCCACGGUAGGAACACUUGGUUUUCCAGAUGAUAGUUCAGAAUGGUGGAAUUCAGAACCUUGUGAAGAAAAGCAAUUGGAAGAUCAGUAUUCUGUUUCAAGUCACUCUGCAACAAACCAGUUCACAAAUAAGGAGGAUUCCUGGGGAUCACCUUCACAAGAUGAAGAACUAACGGAAGCACAUUUCACUACUGCAAGUGAUGGAAAUCAGCCUGCCCCCCUGUACAGUGAUGAAAAAGAAAAUGAAAGGCUCGUACAUGCUGUGAAUAUUCCUGACAGUCAGAUAAAUCAAGACACUGUACAGUGCAAACAAUUUAAUCCUUUCAUGCUGGUUAAAGAAGAAGGGGGCUUGAAAGAGCUAUUGUUUCAUACAGAUGAGGAAAAUCAACUAACUCCACAGAAUCCUUUUUCAGAUGAGGAACAAGGUAUGCCAAAUACAUCAGUUCAAGAAAUCACUGUGUUGGAUCUACCAAAAGACAAUGAGGGACAUGCAAGUCUCAUUCCUCAAGAACAACAGCAGGACACCUGUGAAAGACUAGAAGUGCACAACUCCCCACCAGGUGCUUUCACUGUAGAAGACUUAUCUUUUGAAAUGACAGAGAAGUCAAGUCCAGGGUGGAGUAUAUUAGUUCCUCAAACUGCACUUGUCCCAGAUAUUUUACAGGAUAACACGCAAGAAAGUAAUCAGCUUUUUUCAGUGGAACCUGACCUGUGGACUAAUGCUGAGCAGAUUGUCACUUUGAAAUCAGAUGGUGAAAAUCCUGAUAUAUUAAGUCACUGUGACCAAGACAAUAUUUCAGAGGCAUCAAGCAGUCCUGAUGUGUGCCAAGAGUAUGAAGCUAAGCAUGCCUGUACCCCAUCUUCUCCGAUUGGGGUGGAGCCUGAAGACAAAGAUAGUCAGCCAGUUCACGCAUGGUCAAAUAUGAAUAGAGAGGCAGAUUUUGAUUCAAAGUGUCAGUUAGUAAUGCCAAAGUUAAAGACACAAUCUGAAAGUGGUAGCCACCAAGACUAUGAACAGGGAGAGACUGGUGAAUCCUAUCAGCUAAUCUCUUCUAAUACUCAGGAGCCUCCUGAAUUUGCAAUUUUGGAAGAAUAUGCUCCAGAAAAUAAACUUGUUACUGACCCAAUUGAGUCGGUUGAAAUUACCAAUGAAGUUUUAGAAGUGACAUCCUUAGAUCAAAAAGACAUGUUCCAUGAAAGUUUUACUCCUGCAAGCCAUCAAGGAACACCAACUGAUACAGCUGAAACAGCAACCUCCCAAAUGCAUUUGGUUCCCAUGGAAUUUACUCUACUUGGUAGGGCAGAACAAAGCUUAAAAGAAAUUAGUGCCUUGGCUGAAACUGGAAAAGAUUCUGAUAUUGACUAUACAGCAAUAACUGGUGAUGAGCUAGACAUGUCAGAAGAAUUCAUGGAUGAAUCUGAGACGGGGGUAGAAAAUAGCAUCAGGAGCAUAUCAGUGACUAAUGUCCCAGCAAGCGCAUGUGGUGGAAUGAACAUACUGACAGUAGUAGGCAGUGAAGUAGCAGAAGAGGAAUCAAAGGAUGAACAGAUAUUCUUUUCCAAAUCCUUUGUGCCUGGUGGUAAGGAAGGUCAUGAGUCUGAUUCAAGUAAUCCACUGAUUGAUGACGUAGCAAAAGAGUCUGAAGAUGGAACUGAAAAUGAUGUUCCUGUGUUUAAGGAAAUGCCCAGUGAUCAGUCAGAAGCGAUGUGUACUCCACCAUCCUAUGUAUCUUUUGACGAACCCUCUGGCAGCAGAGAGUGUGCAGAGGAUGAGCUCUUGUUACAGCAGCCAUUUUGUGACAGUGUUUGUCUGGAAAAACGUUUACCUUUGCCAACACCUUCGGAAGGUGCAGAAGACAUCCUAAUGACCAAAGACAGCAGCAUUAAAGAUCAGAUGUCUGACACAUCCGCAGAGUGCCUUCGGGAAAAUCACACAUUAGUCCCUUCAGUCUCCGAGUGUGAAGUAACUCCAGGAGCUUCUGAGAUUUCGAUAGGAAAAUCUGAAGCAGAAACAACUGAUCACGACUCACCGGCAGGUGGAGAUAAAAGAUCACCUGAUGAAGCUGGCACUGACUCCCUACUUCAUAGGGAGAAUAAGCUGAGAAAUUCCUCUGAGAGCCCUGAGCUGAAAAGUGUGGAGGGUAAGGAAGAUGUGAGGAUGCAGGUGCACCAAGAUCCAACUUCACUGGAGAUGGAUUACAUUGUUGUUGCUGAGGAAGAAAAUAUACCUUCAGCAAAGGAUACCUUUGAAAGAAAUGAAAGUGAUUUUGCAUUUCAGGAAGCUAAUGUAGCUGAACAAACAGAAUCUCAUGAAGACUUUUCACCGGGCUCCUUGGAUACCUGUCAGCCAAUCUCCAUUACAAAUGAAAGGGAAGAUCACUCUGUUUGUGGGACUGAAUGGGACUCUGUUCAUUUAGAAGAAAAAAGUUCUUCUGUUGUGCCUCAAAAACUGGAUGAUGAAAGAUCACAGGAAAGUUGUGGGCAAGAUGAGGGCUGGAUUAUAUUGGGCCAAAAUGAAGUCAGUGACAUAUCACCUGAAGAAAUUUCUGCUGAGUCACAGAUGCCAAAAUCAGAGUCUGGACAUUCUGGCGAAGAACUGGCAGCUGUUUUAGCACAGAAAUCGAUUCUUGACACUCAGGCAGAAUUUCAAGUAGAAACUCCCCUUCAGAAAUCUUUUGAACAUGAGGGCUGUUCUCCUUCAGGCAGCCUGACCACCAAGGAUGAGAGUUUGGGCAUUGCGGGAACACGUGUGUUGCAGGUGGUUGGUGGUGAUGGUGCACGGGAAGCAAACGCUCAACAGAGACUUGGAAAUAACAAAGCAACAGAAAACAAUCAGGAUGUGUCCAGGGAACUCAGGCCAAAGCCAGGUGCUGGUGAUAUUGCCAGUCCAGAUUCAACACCAGUGAUGAGAUUAUGGAGGGAUGAAAGUGAAGUAGUAUCUCUGCCUAAUGCAAAACUGCUGAGAAGGAAGACAGGAGGACGUCAAGGCCCAGGGUUGGUACAAGAGGAUGUGGGAAUGGACAUCCCCUUUGCUGAGGGUGUAUUAAGCCCCGGUUCUACAGAGAUGAGACCCGAACCUCCUAAUUCUCUUGAUCUUAACGGUUCCCAUCCCAGAAGGAUAAAGCUCACUGCUCCAAAUAUCAAUCUCUCUUUGGACCAGAGUGAGGGGUCUGUACUUUCUGAUGAUAAUUUGGAUACUCCAGAUGAAAUUGACAUCAAUGUAGAUGACCUUGACACUCCUGAUGAAGCAGAUUCUUUUGAAUACACUGGACAAGAGCAGACUGCUACUAAGGAUGCUUCCCAGGAAGAGUCUGAAUCAAUUCCAGAGUACACAGCUGAAGAGGAGCGAGAGGACAACAGGUUGUGGAGAACAGUGGUUAUUGGAGAACAAGAACAAAGAAUUGAUAUGAAAGUGAUUGAACCUUACAAAAAGGUCAUUUCACAUGGAGGAUACUAUGGUGAUGGUCUGAAUGCUAUCAUUGUGUUUGCGGCAUGCUUCUUGCCAGACAGCAGUCGAACUGAUUACAACUAUGUCAUGGAAAAUCUUUUCCUCUAUGUAAUCAGUACCUUAGAGCUAAUGGUAGCGGAAGACUAUAUGAUUGUCUACUUGAAUGGAGCAACACCAAGAAGGAGGAUGCCUGGACUGGGUUGGAUGAAAAAGUGUUACCAAAUGAUUGAUCGACGAUUACGGAAGAAUUUGAAAUCAUUUAUAAUUGUUCAUCCAUCAUGGUUUAUCAGGACAAUUCUGGCUGUGACACGACCUUUUAUAAGCUCUAAGUUCAGCAGUAAGAUACAGUACGUCAACACAUUGGCAGAGCUCCGUGAGAUGAUUCCAAUGGAAUACGUGCACAUACCCGACAGUAUUGUCAAACUGGAUGAAGAGCUGAGGGAAACUUCAGAAACAGCUAAAACUAGCUGCCUCUCAAACGACCCAGAAAUGACUUCAGUGGAACAGGACAUUGACAUGACCCUGAAAUAA